AUGAGCGCUCCACAGUCUGCUACCAGCGAACUGCCUUCGCGCACGUUCACCAACGCCUCGGAUUCCGAGGCGAUUCCUGGAGAGGACACUUCAGAGGUCACAAAGCUUUUCGGCGAGCGCCUGCAAGCGUGGAAGCAUGCUACCGCAUACCUCGAAGACUAUGUCACCGCGACCGAGAAGACACAGCAUGCACACGGAAAGGAGUACGAGAGGAUCUUGAAGACCGUCAAGGACCCCCUGAAGGAGGGACACCACUUCGACCAGUCCCUGGGUGGGAUCGCAGGCAUGUUCGAGAACAUCAGGUCCAACACACAGGGCAUGUCCAACCAGCACUACGAGACCGAGAAGCAGUUGAAGACCGUCAUCCUGCCCAUCUUCGACCGUCUGCACACCGAGAUCAAGAACAAGAGCAAGGAGCUCACAAAGGGUGCCGGAAAGGGCAGCAAGCAGGUCGACAAGGCGCGUUCCAGCACACAGAAGCACAUUGAGCUUCUCGGACAGCACACAGCUACCUUUGAGUCGCAUGGUGGCAAGAUGUCCGCUACCGAUGACCCCUACAUCCUGCAGCGCGGGGUCAUGCACCGUCUGAACAAGCAAGUCCAGGAGGAGAACAACAAUCGACAGGACCUCAUCAGCGUGCAGAACUCGUUCGCUCAGUUCGAGGCGCACAUCAUCCAGACGAUCCAGCACGGCAUGGGUCAGUUCAUGCAGGUGGUCAACACCCAGGCUGAGCAGACCAAGAAUGCCUACGGCGACAUUGUUGGCACCGCACAGCGCAUCCCGUUGGAUUUUGAGUGGAACGGCUUCAUCCAGCGCAACAACCAGGUCCUCAUCGACCCCUCAGCGCCAGCACGCACAGUGCAGAGCAUCAACUUCGCCAACCAGAACCACCGCUCCACACAGCCGCUGAUCUCUGGCUCUCUGGAGAAGAAAGGGAAGAUUAUGCGCUCGUACGACACAAACUACUACGUCGUAACGCCAUCCAAGUUCCUGCACGAGUUCAAGACCGACGACGACUUCGGCAAGGACCCCGUGCCAGAAACGUCUCUCUACCUCCCAGACUGUGUCGUCGGUGCUGUCAACGGCCAGAAGUUCAAUGUUAAGGGCAAGGACGUGUCCAAGGGCAAGCUCGGCAACACGUUCUCCAUGAGUCACGAAUUCGCGUUCAAGGCACACACGCCGCAAGCCGCGCAGCAGUGGUGGGAAGUCAUCAGCCAGGCCGCUGGGCAGGUGACUAGCGAGGUGCCCGCUGCCAGCCCCACCAGCCCCGUAGCCGGGCACAACAGCCUGAACGAGGGUGCACACAGCAGCCUCCCGGCCGAUGAGAAGACAUCCGCGCCGCUCCAGACCCAGGGUCUCGAGCAGACACCCACACACGGGACCGCGGGAAGCGCGCCUGGAAGUGCUGGUGUGGCGCCUACCAGCGGCGUGCCCGGCGAGCCUGGCAAGUACUAG